GUUCUUACCUGACAGGUGACCCGUAGAAUAGGAAGAGUGAGAUAAUGAGUGCUCCUAUUUGUCAGGAUAAAAAGCCCAAGGCAUUGAAGUUUCUUCUAGCAGGGGUAAUGUGCAUUAGCAAAUGAGCAGAGACACAAUUCUGGAAGAACCAACAGCUGCAGUUAUAGUCAUGUUUGAAUGAAUCCUAUUGCUUAUUAGCUAAAUCUCUCUGUUCCACCUCCUCGACCUCAGGACAAUAAUCAGGAAAAAAUUAUCAUUAUGAAUGAGUACAAUUCUGAAAGAUCAAAGCCAUGGGACAUCUACACUAAUUCAGACCCUAAUAGCCCCUCUCAAACCGGAGUCGAUCGGGAACCUCCUUGGAAGAACUUUGGCACAUCCAUGAAUGCCAUUUCCUUUGGCUUUGUUGCUACAGCACUGUUAAUAUCAAUGUUUCUUAUCAUGGCCAUCUUUGAACAUCUGUUUAGGCCAAAUGCUUCUUUCUCUUCUCCUCAAGAUGAUGCCCGGAGGCCCCCAGUAUCAAGAACAAUGCAGAAACUUGGAAAUCAACAAACAGUAUCAAUGUCAUAUGCAUCAGAUAUCUCAGUACUGAUGCCAGGACAGAACUAUCCUUCCUUCAUUGCCCAACCUGCUCCUCUCCCCUGUCCGAGAGAAGGCGUUUAUUGGCCACCCCAUGAACAAAAUUUUGCCUUGGUGUAGCCAAUGAUACUACUUCAACUCGGGCCAUACACUGUGGCUGUAUGUAAAUUUACAGAAUGGCUAAAGAAGCCUAAGAUCAUCUGUCGUAUACUCCCUUUAUCUAGUUAAGUACAUGCAUCUUAGCUACUUCUUUGGAUUUACUGAAGGCAAUAUUUUAAGUGGUGACAUGAAAAAUACAAAUUGCUCGAAUCCCAAAUAAAUUUUGAUUUUAUCACAUACCUUACUCUUAUGGAUUAUGAAAGGUG